AUGGAUCCUGAAACUCUCGAGCACCCAUUGAAUGCAGAAUCUCUUCAACAGUUACUUGUUUAUCUGCGCCGAAACGGCUUGAUAGAAGCAGAGGAAGUUUUGUCUCGCGAGGCGGCUACUGUGUUGAAGCUUUCAAAGGAUCAAAUAGAUAAUGCUGACGCUAAUAAUGAUGCAGUUAUGCGUGGAUUCGGAGCGCUCCUUUCUCACGUUAGUUCUUCCUUUGACAAUUUUCGUGCGGAAUUGUCGUCUCUUAUUUUUCCUGUAUUUGCUCAUCUUUAUAUUCAAAUGAUUGUGGAAGGAAUGACUGCUGCCGCAGUCCUAUUUAGUUCAAAGUACGCGAGGAGUGUGCCUUCAAUGUACGAGGAGCCAACCCAGUCACUUAUUCGACUGACCACUCAUAGUCAAGCUGCCAGUCAUCCUUUAGUUAAUGCCCUCACGAAGAAUACAUUUGUCGUGCGAAUCUCCAAAUCUGCUAUAAAACAGUUGGAUCCUUUCUUGGCACGUAAUCCUACGAUCAGGGAUGUAAUACGUGACCAUAUUACUAUAGAACCUAUUGAUGGUACCAGAUCAAAGUUGGCAGCAGAAGCUCAAAUGGGUGGUAUUAUAGGCCAGAUUAAUAAACAAGAUCGCAAGCAUAAGAUGUACUACGGGUUGAUCAAAGAAGAUCUUUCUAGUCAGUUUGGUACAGAUAAAAAAAGGCUGAAAAGCAAGGAUAGGAGCGAUUCAAAAAAGAAGGAUGCUAAUGGACCAGCUCCAGACCGGAUCCCAUUGCCUUCUAUGUAUGAGAGGAGACCUUACAGCGGCAAAGAUUCUGUAAAGAAAGUUAGGGUUACAGCAGAGUCUCCUCCUUCUGUGUGUCUUUAUACUGCGCUGAAUGCACAUGGCGGUUUGACUGCGGCGGACAUAUCAGAUGACAGUGCAUGCCUUGCUGUCGGAUACGGCAAUUCGGCUAUACAGCUUUUUUCGUUAGAUGAAGAAAAGCUCCGCCCGCUCAAAAAAAUUGAUCAGCUGGAAAAUUUAGAACAAGAUUCAGAGGAAAUUUUAGAUCAGUUAUAUGAUGACUCUCAGGCAUCGACCUCGGUAACUUUCCAAGGUCACGCAGGUCCAGUAUACUCAGUGUCUUUCUCACCAGAUAAACGUUUGGUACUGUCCUCAUCACGUGAUGCAACAGUUCGUUUAUGGAGCAUUGGUACGCGUAGCAAUGUGGUAGUUUAUCGACAGAGCAUGCCUAUUUGGCAGGCUCAAUUUUGCUCGAGGUCCUAUUAUUUUGCUACAGCGGGAGCGGACGGUACCGCAAUGCUUUGGGCUACAGAUCGCCUACAACCGCUUCGUAUUUUUUCUGAUGCUUUUUCGGAUGUAACGUGUAUAGAUUUUCACCCUAAUUGCAACUAUAUAAUUGGGGGUAGUGAUGAUCGUUACGUGAGAGUUUGGGAUGUUCUUUCUGGAGCUUGUGUUCGAACUUUCUCCGGUCAUAAGGGUUCUGUCAGAUCGGUCAAGGUUUCACCCUGCGGAAGAUAUAUUGCUUCUACUAGCGCUGAAGGAGCGCUUAUAGUCUGGGAUGUUGCCUUACAACGAAUGGUUUGUAUGCAGGAUGUUAGUCCAUUUCUGUUUACAACGACAUUGGCUUUCUCUCGAGAGGGGUCGGCUUUAGCUGUUGCAAGAGCUGAUUCCAAAUUAUCAUUUUAUUCUAUGGACACUAUAACAACUCAUACCAGUAGCCAAGACCAAAUAAAUCAUGAUCCAAAGGUCAAUCCAAGUGGGUUUCAUCUGUUUACAUAUGCAACGAAGAAUACACCAAUUGUCGGGCUUCAUUUUACUCGUCGGAAUUUAUUACUUGCUGUUGGUGCAUUUGGUCAAGGGUGA